AUGCAAAACUUGGACAUCCAAGGCACCGUGCUCAGCGUGGCCUCGGGCGACGCCUUCAGCGCAGCACUCAAGCGCAACUCGCCGCUCGCAGAACUCCCGGCCAGAUAUGUCGUCCAACCGACCGCAUAUACCGACAUCCCUCCUGUUCUCGCGUACGCCGCUUCGCAAACACCUCCUAUCCAGCUCGCUGUCAAGGGCGGCGGAGCACACACCGCCACUUGGUCGAGCUCAGACGGUGGCAUCGUCAUAGAUCUCUCCAAGCUCAAUAAAGUUUCCCUCUCGGACGACAAACAGACCAUCUCCGUUCAAGGGGGCGCAAUCUGGGGCGAUGUCUACGCUGUGACCUCUCAGGCCGGCGUUGACGUUGUGGGAUCGCCCUUUUGGUUCAUCGGCGUCGGCGGCUUCACUGUCGGCGGCGGCUACGGGCCUCUCAGCGGCGAACGUGGUCUGGCGGUUGAUAAUCUCCUCAGCGCAACUGUCGUCCUCGCCGACGGCCGCAUUGUGAAGGCCAGCGCGAGAGAGGAAGCGGAUCUCUUCUGGGCCAUCAGAGGGGGCGGGGGACAGUUCGGGGUCGUUGUUGAAUUCCUGUUCAAAACUUACCCUGCCGCGGGUCCAAUCUCUUCUGGUAUUCUGGCGUAUCCUGGAGCCGAGCUGGGGAAGGUCAUCAGCAUCAUCAACGAAUGGAAGGCGGCUCGUGAACCGUCUGAGCGCUUGACGCUCAACUUCUCCCGCCCGGCUCCCCACUUCAAGCCAUCCGUAUUAAUCAUGCCAUGCAUCCUCCGCGACGAACACGGGUCGCUCGCCCGCGCCUCUCUGGAGCCCUUCCGCUCCGUCGUCAAGCCGGUGGUAGACAAAUUGUCCACCGCGUCCGACAUGCUGGCGCUGUCGCACUCCGCCGACGCCGCACUCGCGCAGGCCCCCAGGCGCCUUGUCAUCCGGGGCGCGUGCUUCUCCGACUUCUACCCUGAGCUCGUCCUCGCCGUGUGGGACGCCUGGGUCGCGUUCACGGAGCGCAGCGAGGAGGUGCGGCAGUCGACGGUGAUAUGGAACGUCACGUCUCCGACAGCCAUCGCGCAAGUCCCCUUCGCCGACACGGCGUUCAAGCUGCGCGUGCCGCACUACUGGGUGGCGGUACAAGGAAGGUCCACCACCGACGACUCCGUCGGGGCUUGCAGAGAGUUUGUGGCCUCCAUCGUCAGCCUGGUUCGCGAGAAGAACACGGAGCUGAGUGGUCGCGACUUGGGCUGGGCUGUGAACCUCUGUCAGGGAGAUGAAAAGACGGAGGACAUCUUCGGCGAACAUCUGCCCCGCCUGAGAGCGGUCAAGGCGAAGUAUGAUCCGCAUAUGAUCUGGAACAAGGGUGCCGUGCUCGAACCGGCGGAUGGGCACAUGGGGGUGUAA